AUGGACGUACCAGUAGCCGCGAACGUACUAGGUACACUAGGUGCAUUGAUCCCCCAGAUCGUUAUCAACUAUCGCAGACAUAAUGCUACUGGACUCCAGCCAACUAUGAUGAUGCUUUGGGCAUGGGCUGGAGUCCCACUUGGAGUCUAUAACAUUGCAGAAGAAUACAACAUUGCGCUACGGAUCCAGCCUCAGAUCCUUACCAUCCUGAGCCUAGUAACUUGGAUCCAGUGCUACUACUACGAGAAGAGUUGGUCAGUUGUCCGCUCCCUCGCUGUUGUCAUCCCGGUGGCUUGUUUGAUGGGUGGCAUUCAAGCCGGCCUCAUUUUUGCUAUUGAACAUGCGAAGGCAGAGGAUCUUCACUGGCCCAGUGUGCUUAUGGCAGUUGCUUCAGCUACUCUACUUGCUGCUGGUGUCAUGAGACACUACUGGGACAUCUACGUCCAUCGUACUGUCAGAGGUAUCUCCUUCAUAUUCGUAGGCAUCGAUGCCCUUGGCGAUCUCUUCUCCUUGGUGUCAGUCGUCUUUCAGCCAAGGCUUGAUAUUCUGGGCCUGGUUAUCUAUGGCACCGAACUGGUGCUUUGGAUCGGAAUUUUCGUUUGCGGGGCUUACUACAACCUCCCGACUUGGUACGCUGCAAAGAAAAAAGAGGAAAGAAGCAACCCGGGCGUGAGUGAGUCUGAUGGAGGGGCGGUAGUCGCAUCUGGCAUUGCGCUCCACGACCUGCCCUCCAGCACCUCUGUAUUCAGGACGCCGUCAGGUGAAAUUGAAGCUGUUCGACAGCGCAGUGUGGACUCAGUGCGUAGCGCCGGCUUGGAGCACUUGCCGCGAAGAGUAUAA